CGGGGCAGGCCUCGUGCGGUCAGGAAACCCCGCCUGUGUGAAAAUGACCCUCGUUCGGACAUGGCCAGGCCAGCGGGGUCGAUGUCUGCUCGAUGGACAACGGAGUCGAUGGACUGCAGAGGUGCUGCGUUUGGUGUUGUAAGUGCAUUGGAGGGAAGGGUGUUUGAUGGAGCAGGGCUCCGACGCUCGGAUGCCAGAGAACAACAGUGCCAAAGAGGGCACUGCUGUUAAUGACCACAGCAGUAGUGGGAAUAUUCACCCAAAUUCGAAUGCUCGUGGAGUCAGUGGAGGGGUGGUAGGUGGUGUUGGUGCUGGUGACAGCUCGAGCGCCAACUCGAACGGAGUGGAUACCAAACAUAUGGAUGCCGAUAGUAGCAGUAGUAGUAGCGGCACCAGCAGUAGUGGCGGAAAUACCAUCAGCAGGAGUAAUAGCAACAACAACAACAACAACAACAACAGCAGCAACAACAACAAUGGUGGCGGUGGCACCGCCAACAACAACAGCAGCAGCAGCAGCAGCUUGAGCGCGGAUGGACUUUUGCGAGCGGGGUCGAAUGGGCAUGGAGACGAAAGGGAUCACCGGCUGAGAGAGAUGGAUGACCGGGAUAGGCAGAAUUGGGAGGUGCGGGCGGGCUUUCACCCACUCCACAAUUGUUUUGUGUUUUGGUACACCAGGAGGCAGGCGGGACUGAGGACGCAAGUGGCUUAUGAGGACAGCAUCAAGAAAAUCUCUGAGUUCAGCACCGUUGAAGGAUUUUGGGGUAGUUAUUGCCAUAUGUCUCGUGCACAGGAUCUGCCUAAUCCUACAGACCUUCACCUUUUCAAGAAGGGGAUUAGACCCCUUUGGGAGGAUGCUGCCAACCGCAGUGGUGGGAAAUGGAUCCUUCGCUUCCGAAAGACCUUAUCGGGAAGGUAUUGGGAGGAUCUGGUGAUGGCUCUGGUGGGGGAUCAGUUGGAUGCUGGAGACAGUGUUUGCGGCGCCGUAUUGAGCAUUCGGUUUGGCGAGGAUAUAAUCAGCGUUUGGAAUCGCAGCUCGUCCGACCCCCAGGCAGUAAUGACGCUCAAGGAUUCCAUCAAGCGACACCUUCGUCUGCCUCCACAAUACGUGAUGGAAUAUAAACCGCACGAUGCCUCCCUCAAAGACAACUCGUCAUUUAGGAAUGCAUGGCUGCGAGGAUGACUGUAUUUGCGCGGUGGUUCCUGUGAUGUGAGUAGGAGGAAAGCGGAAGUCUGCCGAGCUCGAUGAGCGCGGUGGAACGACGUAGAUGGGAGUGCAAGAAGUGUGGGUGAGGCCCAUGGGGUGGAGGGAGGAGGGUUCUUGUCAGGGGUUGCGCGGCGGGUGUAGCGUUGUAGAAGAUGUAGAAGUGCGCCUUCUUUGCAGACAGGAAGUCAGGUUCAGGCACUUGCCAUGUGACCUGUAAACCUUUUAUCGUCUUGCUUGCGUGCUCCUGUAUGUUUUGCUGAGCAGAUUUUUUGAGCCAAGCCCUUCGUGCAGCACACGCCCCAUUGAGAAGGGGGUUCUCCAGCGUCCUCUUAUCUCAUUCUCUCGGAGUCGAAAGAUGGGAGACGUGUCUGAGUAGAAGGAUGGGAGAAGUGUGUCCGUCGUUGAUUACGAGAAGAAGGAGAAGAAGAAGAAGAAGAAGGAGAAGAAGAAGAAGGAGAAGAGAUUGGCAACACUGGACAAGUGGUCUGCUGGGAAUUGACAUGCAUGGCAGGCUUGUUCCAAAAUGGAUGAACAACAAUAUUUUGCUCAUUUUGGGGGCAAGUCUUUGGAUCUGGCCCAUUGCUGGCCGUUAUGGUUUAUCUGCAGAGGCUAGCUGCGUAGCCGACAUUAUGGAUCUCUUUCGCUGGCCUUGCUAUUGAUAUAUAGCAAUGACAAGAUGACCAACUUUUGCUCGCUUGCAAUGGUUCACAGCAAGGGGCACAAGGCGGCUGUUGAAAUGGAUGGCCUGAUGGUAUUGGCCAGUUUUGAGGUACUGUAUGAAUAUACACUGAUGAUACGAGCAUGGCCAAAUGCUCAUUAGGAAUCACAAUGUCUUGUACUAAACAACACUGUGGAUGAAGUUCUACUGCAGGCAGCAAAAGCAACAUGUUCUGUGACUUAUGUUCCGUUCAUGUAUGCUCGUGUGGGUGGGUGGGUCGAUACGUCUGUGUGUGUGUGUGUGUGUGUGUGUGUGUGAGAGAGAGAGAGAGAGAGAGAGAGAGAGAGAGAGAGAGAGAGAGAGAGAGAGAGAGAGAGNGAGAGAGAGAGAGAGAGAGAGAGAGAGAGAGAGAGAGAGAGAGAGAGAGAGAGAGAGAGACAGAGAGGGGUGACGGUGGUGGAAGAUAUUCCAAGGUGUGCGAGGUGGACGUAUCUGAUCGUUGGAUGUGUUACAAAGCAGUCUUCCUGUCAGUGCACGGAACUGAUUUACACCAAAUCAAGUGCACCAAUGGGGGGGGAGGGCAUAGGAUGUUGUGUCCUGGUUUGCAUGUUAUAUGAUCUUGGCAUCCUGCGGAGAAUUGCCACUGUAUAAUAAAAUUUUCCGACUUCAAUUUUUCGGUUAUGGGGCUAGUGAAGAAUCCCCUGUGUGGAGAGACGAAGUUGGGUCUCAGGAAAAAGAGGAGAUAUUUAAUGCGAAAGACGACACUGCCUAUUUGUAUGGUGCGCUCGCCUUCUUUCUUCCGCCGUUCCCCCCUCUCUGCGAGAAAGCGGCGUGAAAGCUGUUAAUGAUGGCAACCUUGUCUAUCUUUUGAAUCUUUGAUGGAAUACAAUUUGCAUUGGUUUCGUCAAGCAAAGAAAUUUUUCAGAGAAAUAAAUGAUGACUCCAGUUUUGCUUUUAACGUCGUCGAUACGUCAUCUCUGUGGGCUCCUGGGAUUGUAGUUGUCGAAGUCAUUGGGGCUUCUUUUCUUUAUCGCUUUGGUUACCUCGCUCCGCUACUAACGACAUGCAUAAACGAUAAAAAUGAUGGCUGUGUGUAUCUUUCCUUGUUCUAGCGGAAGAUUCACUCUUAUUUUGCCCAUUUGGAG